AUGGCAAAUAUAUCAGACAGAGACACGGCAUUGACCGUGCCUAUAAGCACGCGACAAUCGUACGGCAUCGAACUCGAAUGUCUGUUCGCGUACUUGUCGCCUAAGGACGCCGAUCCGCACGAGGCCCUCGCCGCCUCGCUGCCGGCACCCCUCCGCAUCGACGAUGGCCCAGCCGGUGCAAGACAGAGCGCCGUCACCGGCCACGUCCGCAGCACGCUCCGGGCGCACGGCAUCCGCUGUGCCGAGCCGACCUCGUCCUAUACCCGUGCAGACAUCGCCGCCUUCAAGGCGCAGAAGCUGGUCCGGUGGGACAUCGGCUACGAUUACAGCAUCAGAGAGCCCGGCUGGGACGGCGCCGAUGACGGAUACAGCUGGCUCGGCAUCGAGAUCCGGUCCCCGCCGCUGUGGGACGGCGAGCGUUCGUACGACGAGGUGAGGUACGUGGUCAACCUGCUGACGGCCAGCUACCGGGUGCGCGUCAACCCCUCCUGCGGGUUCCAUGUCCAUGUCGGGAACGGGAUGCAGUGGUUCUCGGCCCACUCGCUGAAGCGCUUGGGCGCGUUCCUUUGGGCGGCCGACCCGUUGAUCUCCCGGCUGCAUGCGCCCUGGCGGCGCGUGGGGGAGUAUAGCACUAGUAUCCGGCUUGCGAGCACGCUGGCGCGCGGCAGUGAGGUUACGGAUGCUCAUAUGGCGGUUAGGCGGGAGGCGAAUAUAGUGAGGAGGGAUGCCUCGAGGCGCGAUGAGUUUGAUGCCAUACCUGUUGUAGAGUGGUUGGACCUGUCGCGGGAGGAGCGCGAGCAUGGGGGGAUGCAGGGCUGGGAGGAGUAUGCGCGACGGAGGGAGGCUGGGCCACGGAGGGAGGCUGGGCCACGGAUGGUGCUGCCGCCCCUGAGUGAGGAGGGAGAGAUAAGUGAGGAGCUGACUCUUCGGGGCGGACGCGACGACGAAGGGCAGGGUAAUGGAGGUGAUGACAAUGCGGUAGGUUCUGCCACUGAAGACGGAGCAGCGGCUUCUGAGCCUUCGUCCGACUCCCCUGCUGAUGAAUGGUGGAGGAGCAGCUCCAGUAGCUCGAACAACAGUUCAGAUCGACCCUCUCCCCCGCCGGUAGAGCAUCCGCGACCGAAGGCGUACAAUAUGUUCAACGCUCCACGGACUAUCCGCCGCUUCGACAAUCUGGCCUCGCUCGUAGAGUUCAAUGAGUUGGAACGCGCGUUCGAGACGCACCGCGGCGUCGAGGACCUGUUCAGAAAUCUGAACGAGAACCGCCUGUCGCCCGAGCGCGGGAUUCAUGCCCAGGAUUUGCAGGACGAUCUGCCGCUGGGCCAGAGCCCGAACCUAGAUCUCAUGGCCGCUGAGGCUCUGGACGACUUGAUAAAGGGGUUUGAUCGGGAACUGGCCCAGCACGAAGCGGUUAAGGACCUGGCGGCGGAGCUCGCGAGGCUGGAGCGGAUCGGGAAUGCCAUCCAGCGUGAGAUGGACAAGAGGGCAGGUCGGGCAACAGAGGGCUCCCCGAAUGACGUGGACGACGCGCUCACGGCGUCGCAUGGGAGCAGCGACUUCAACCCCCCAGCCUGGCGCACGUUUGAGGACGCCCAUGCAAAGGGGUCUGGUAGGCACAACGGUGAGUCGGAGGAUUCCGCCGCCUCGACGCCGUUCAUGAGCACCACGGUAUCUGAACGCGGGGACGACAGUGGUGAGUCGAGCGAUUUCGCCCCGCCCGCUUGGCAGGCCCUUGCGGAUGCUGCUGAUGCCGCCGCGGAAGCUGAUGGAGAUGGAGAUGAGGGGAGUGACGGGUCGGUUCCGGAGGUUAAGGCUGCGGUGAACCGCAUGACCUUAUCUUCGACCAACUCGUCCCCUUCCUCCUCUUCCUCCCCGUCCGGCGAGCCCCAAAAACUCCCUCCCCACGACCCCUCCCACCUCUCCGCCUCCUACAUCGCCAGCAUCAGAGCCAACGUCCUACCCCUGCGCGAAGGCGGCCUCCCGCGCAUCGCCUGGCUCCCGCGCCACAACACGGCCGCCUACACGCGCGCCGGCACCGCCGCGGGCCUCGCGGCGCUGCUGUCCGUCGACUCGGCCGCCGCCGUCGGGUUCCUAUUGCGCGACCACGAGGACGGCAGUACGACGCGGCUCAACUACAACUUCGCCGCUUACGACCCCGAGGUCCUGGACAUCCGCGAGGGGGUCGCGGGCAAGCCGACCGUCGAGUUCCGCGAGGCGGGCGGGUCGCUGGAUGCGGAGUGGGUUGUUUGCUGGGCGCGGAUCUGUGCGGGGAUUGUGCGGUGGUCGAGGGAUGUGUCGCCGGGGGAGUUUUUGAGGAUUUGGGGGCGGAUUGAGGCUUGGGAGAGGGGUGUUGCUGGGGGAGGUGAGGUGACGUAUGACGUUGUGGAUUUGCUUCAGGAUCUGGGCUUGUUUUCCGAGGCGGAGUUUGUGAGGAUGCGGGAGAGGGUGUCUGGGCCGCCUAGGUAG